AUGGGACGAAGGAACAAGAGAUUGCAGAGGCUUGAGAGGGAGUGUGCCGUUUUGGCCGCGCAAGCCAAGCUGAGACUUGCGGAGAGCGCGGUCAUCAGGCAGGGAGGUGGAGGCGGGGAGAUGAGGCAAACGCCCAAAUCAGCGAAAGAGACUCUGUGGAUUUCAAGAGAAAGAGGCAGAAUAGCUAUCGCCAACCAUCUCAAGAACGAGGACAGCGCCGAAGAAUACAAUCGAAACAGGAUCACGAACGAUCGAGGUGGGCCGAUGGCAUCUCAGUUUCCAAGACCACAGUCUGCAUCGCCAGGGGAAUCGAGGUCCGGAGCCAGGCAUCAACUGCCAAGGCGACCCAGCUCGGCCGAUCCUGAUGGCAGGCGGACUCUGGAUGCAGAUGUCACCCAGAUCCGGCGCGAGAUGGCAGCAAUGAAGGAGGACUGCCGUGCAGCGUGGGAGGAGGUCUCCAAUCGACUUGAAACCGAAAAGGCCCUACGGGCGACGGUGGAGCUGCUGCGCGGGCGCCUCCACGCCCAGACCCAGAGAGAAAUCGAGCACCAGCGGCGGCUGCAGCUUCACGCUCGCCUAGAGCCCGUGUUCGACCGCCUUGCGGAGAAGUUCGUGUUCAAGAACCCCGAGGAAGUCGUCGACCGCCUGGAGUUCCUGGAGAAUGACAAGCUGGGCACUAUGGACCUGCUGCUCAGGGCCAGGCUCAGGAAGACAACCGGCAGCUGCGCGCCCAGAUUGACGGCCUGCAGCGCCAGACGGACAACUGCGUGGACCGCCUGCGCGGCGAGCACAACCGCAGCGUGUCGCAGCUGCAGCGGCGGAACGAUAGCCUGGCGAACGCUCUGGACGGCCAGUCGAGCGUCAUUGGCAAGCUGGAGGCGCGCCAGCGGCAGCUGGUGGAGCUGCAGACGGCCGUGCUGGACCUAUGGUCGCUGUGCAUGA